AUGUUGUAUGCCCGUCCCGAGGCGAGGUACGCCAAGCUCAGCUUGGAAUCGGUCGCCCGUGCCGCGACGGGAUCGGUCGCGGCCGUGGGUGGGGAGGGGGUUCUUCAUUCCGCCGGGGGGACCGGGGUGCGGGGGGGUACUGCGGCGGGCUCGUCACCCUCCGCAGUAGUGUCGGGUGAGUUUAGCAUUGCGGUGCCCGGGAGCGGCGCGUUCCUCAAGUUGGUCUCGGCGUCGCUAGAGCACAUCGCGGACCUGCUGCGCAAGACUCCGUACCGUGAGAUGCCCGAGUCGGGUCUCCGGGAGAAGUGGGAUGGUGGUGUUGUGGACGGGACUAGUGGCAGCGAGGCGGCGCUGGCGAAGCGGGCGCGAGGUGAGUUCGCGGGCGUCAUGCCGGGGCGGACAAGGAAAUGGAAAGAGUUCCACGGGCUCGCAUUCGAUUGGGUACUGCUGGAAGCUGUGGGGGCCGGUCUAGUCGAGAUCUUUGAGACGGGGAGUGUGGGACGUGGCGUACGGUUGGUUUGA